GUUCUUUACUUCCCCAGGAUCACGAUUUCAUUUCCAGCCGACCCAAAGGCCAAACAAAACCCUCCUGCUUCUCUUCCACUACAGUAGCGUCGUUGCUUCCUCUUUCACUGUCCAAUGAUUGCUUCUGCUUCCUCUAUGCAGAUUAAUGCGCUGCAUCCAAUCAAACCCAUUUUCCUUCUUAAACCUGCCUCCCUGAGACCAAGCAGAAUCAGGUGCGCCGCUGCCACCACCAAGCAAUCCAAACGCUACUCCAUCACUCUUCUCCCUGGCGAUGGCAUUGGUCCCGAAGUCAUCUCUGUCGCUAAAAACGUACUCAACCUUGCUGGGUCUCUUGAAGGGAUUGAAUUUAACUUUCAAGAAAUGCCUAUGGGUGGAUCUGCUUUGGAUAUGGUUGGAGUUCCAUUGCCGGACGAAACCCUUUUGGCAGCGAAGAAAUCUGACGCGGUUCUUCUUGGAGCCAUUGGAGGGUACAAAUGGGAUAAAAAUGAAAAACAUCUGAAGCCAGAGACUGGAUUGCUUCAGCUUAGAGAAGGUCUUGAGGUCUUUGCGAAUUUGAGGCCAGCAACUGUUUUGCCACAGCUAGUGGAUGCUUCAACUUUAAAGAAAGAGGUUGCUGAAGGUGUUGAUGUAAUGGUUGUAAGAGAGCUUACUGGAGGUAUUUAUUUUGGGAAGCCAAGGGGUUUUGGCACCAAUGAAGAUGGUGAAGAGAUAGGCUUCAAUACCGAGGUGUAUGCUACAUACGAGGUUGAUCGUAUUGCACGUGUUGCAUUUGAGACUGCUAGAAAGCGACAUGGAAAACUUUGCUCAGUUGACAAAGCAAAUGUCUUGGAGGCAUCAAUGUUUUGGAGAAAACGAGUGAUCUCUAUAGCGGCAGAAUAUCCUGAUGUUGAGCUUUCACACAUGUAUGUUGAUAAUGCCGCAAUGCAGCUUGUCCGCAAUCCAAAACAGUUUGACACAAUAGUGACGAACAACAUAUUUGGCGAUAUACUAUCUGAUGAGGCUUCAAUGAUUACUGGAAGUAUUGGGAUGCUUCCAUCUGCUAGUCUUGGUUCAUCAGGACCUGGACUUUUUGAACCAAUACAUGGUUCUGCUCCUGACAUUGCUAACCAGGAUAAGGCCAACCCAUUGGCAACUGUCCUGAGUGCUGCAAUGCUUUUGAAGUAUGGUCUGGGGGAAGAAAAUGCUGCCAAGAGAAUUGAGAAUGCAGUCUUGGAUACCCUGAAUAAGGGUUUUCGAACGGGUGAUAUUUACUCAGCUGGAAAUAAAUUAGUAGGAUGCAAGGAAAUGGGUGAAGAGGUGCUGAAAUCAGUAGACUCCCAAGUUGCUGCUGCUGUUUGAAUUAAAUCGUAAUUGGGAAAACAUGCUUCAAUUUGUAGGCUCUCAGGUAUGUGCAGCUAUUUGAACUGGAACCAGGUUAGAACCAACUAAGAGCUCUCAGCAUGGUCACAUCAUCAUUUGUUAUCCAAGAGGAUAUCUAGGCUCCAAAUAACAUGAUGCUAUUUCCAAAGUCUGUUUGGUUUGCAAACUGCAUCAUUUUUAUCCCUUUGCCAAGCUAAACCAUUAACUCGAGAGGAAAUUAGAUAUGAGGUCAAGACAGCAUGACAUGGCAUGCCAUGUUAGGUCGUCUCCCAUUGAGAUAUUUUUUACAUCUUGAUUGAGGUUUGUUGUGACAUGAAUAUCAUUAUUUAUGGAAAAAUUAAGUAAAAAUCUAAAAGGCAUGGGGUGUUUACUGUUGA